CGCGGAGCCCCAGGCGCCGGGAGCGCGGAGCAGCGUGCCCACCCGCAGGACCAGACCUCUGGAGACCACACCAUCCCGCAGGAAAGCUCAGCAUUAAAGUGGGUAAACAACCAGGAGGGGAAGAGUCGUCAAACCUUGCCCGUGUGGAUGAAGGGCACAGGUCACUUGUAAUCAGGUUCCGGGGAAAUGGAACACUCUUGAACCUACCUACCUGGAAAGAGAAGGACUCCAGCCUCAUCUGACAGCCUCUGCCAGGCACCGAGCUGAUCACUUUCCUUGUCUCCUUGCAUCUUCCCAGCUUUUCUUUGGACACCUGCUCCGCCUACACCCAGUCUCCACUGACGGCAGAUCCCAGACACCUGUCUUUGAAGACAUCCCAAGAGGCCAGGCCGAACCUGCACUGUCCCCAGCUCCCGAGAGUCCUUUUGGUUGGAAGCAUCGGUGAGCCCUCACAGAAGGGCACCCCUGGGCUCAACUUCCUGGCCCCCCUGCUCAUUCAGUGACGGAGGCGAUGGCGGCCAACACCUCCCUACCAGAGCCCGGCGACUUCGACCGGAAUGUCCCCCGAAUCUGCGGGGUGUGUGGAGACCGAGCCACCGGCUUCCAUUUCAAUGCCAUGACCUGCGAAGGCUGCAAAGGCUUCUUCAGACGGAGCAUGAAGCGGAAGGCGCUGUUCACCUGUCCCUUCAAUGGAGACUGCCGUAUCACCAAGGACAACCGCCGCCACUGCCAGGCCUGCCGGCUCAAGCGCUGUGUGGACAUCGGCAUGAUGAAAGAGUUCAUCCUGACAGAUGAAGAGGUGCAGCGGAAGCGGGAGAUGAUCCUCAAGAGGAAGGAGGAGGAGGCCUUGAAGGACAGCCUGCGGCCGAAGCUGUCCGAGGAGCAGCAGCGCAUCAUCGCCAUCCUGCUGGACGCCCACCACAAGACCUAUGACCCCACCUACGCUGACUUCAGCCAGUUCCGGCCUCCGAUUCGCGACGGUGAGGGUGAAGGGAACCAUCCCUCAAAGCCUUGCUUGUUACACACGCCCAGCUUCUCUGGAAACUCAUCGUCCUCCUGCUCAGAUCAAUACAUCUCCUCUCCAGACAUUAUUGAGCCAACCAGCUUCUCCAACCUGGAUCUGAGUGAGGAAGACUCCGAUGACCCUUCUGUGACCCUGGACCUGUCCCAGCUCUCCAUGCUGCCCCACCUGGCUGACCUGGUCAGUUACAGUAUCCAAAAGGUCAUCGGCUUUGCCAAGAUGAUCCCAGGGUUCAGAGACCUCACCCCUGAGGACCAGAUCGUGCUGCUGAAGUCAAGUGCCAUUGAGGUCAUCAUGCUGCGCUCCAACCAGUCCUUCACCAUGGACGACAUGACCUGGACCUGUGGCAGCGCAGACUACAAGUACCGAGUCAAUGACGUGGCCAAAGCCGGACACAGCCUGGAGCUGAUCGAGCCCCUCAUCAAGUUCCAGGUGGGGCUGAAGAAGCUGAACUUGCAUGAGGAGGAGCACGUCCUGCUCAUGGCCAUCUGCAUUGUCUCCCCAGACCGUCCCGGGGUGCAGGACGCCGCCCUGGUCGAGGCCAUCCAGGACCGCCUGUCCAACACGCUGCAGACCUACAUCCACUGCCGCCACCCGCCCCCGGGUGGCCACCUGCUCUACGCCAAGAUGAUCCAGAAGCUGGCGGACCUGCGGAGCCUGAACGAGGAGCACUCCAAGCAGUACCGCUGCCUCUCCUUCCAGCCCGAGUGCAGCAUGAAGCUCACGCCCCUCGUGCUCGAGGUGUUUGGCAACGAGAUCUCCUGACGGGGGCAGCCUGCGCUGGCCUCUGGGAGGGGCAGCCUCUCUGUGGCCGGGCACCCAGGCCUGGGGCCGGCAGCUGCCCCGCAGCCCUUCCCACCCCUUCUGGAGUUCAGCCCGUCCUCUCCCACCUCCCCUCCCCGCCCAGCCCAUCCUCCCUCCUGCCCAGUCUAACACCAGGUUCCGCUGACCUUCAGGCCACAGGCUGCCCAUCCCCCCCGCCCCUCAAGACCUCCGUCGUGAGGCGUUACGGUUAAUUUGACAAAGAAACUCAAGCGGGGGCAGAGGGCAGAGGCUGAGGGCGGGCCCUUGUCCAGGGAUGCCCCUGCCACCCCAGAGGUAGCUGCUGGCUGGUGCCGAGGGAACCGGCAGGCACGAGAGACCUAGCCAUUCCUCAGGGACAGAGAUACCUGUACCUCCAACCCGCUCCAGGCCCAUGCGUCCAGAGCCUGGUGGGACCACCCUUCCUCCACCCCACCCCCCGUAAACACUGACCCACAACCCCCACCUCAUCCUGCUGCCGGUCUGUGCUAUUCUGCCCCAGGGCCGUGUGCCACGAGGGGGCCUUCUCCCUCUGCCUUCCUCUGCUGGCCUGCCUAGGACACUCACUGCCAAGGAAGACCAAAACCAAGGUGACUAAGGUCGCAACUGCCCCUUAUCCACCUCUGCUGACCAAAGGGUAUUUGCCUAACCCCACAGUGCCCACCUUCAUCCCAUCGCCAUGGUAACAUUUUCCCCGGAAGUAGCUAUGGUAAGAUGGGCUUUCUCCCCAUGGCGGGGGCCGCUAACCCAGAACCCACGUGCUGAGAGGCCGAGGAGGGAAGAGAGCAGGGCCCUGGCGGUGGUGGGGGACAGGCAAGCCCAGCCUCACAGAAGGGUAGCAGAUGGAGGCCACACCUGUCCUGCCACCUAAGCCACGGCUCUUCAGCCUGGAUCUAAGGGGCUGGCUGAGCGGGAGCUCUGCCUCCGACAAUGCACCAGGCAGGGCUGAGUGGCCCCAGGCUUCGGAGGAUCAUGGGCACCACCCCCAUCCUCACCCUGCCAGUGCCUUACCUCCCACCCCAGAGGGAGACGCGCCGCAGACUCCAGAGCGCUUGCCCAGGGGCCGUGGGCACUGGGGGCCUCACCCUGGGGUGGCCAAAGGCAGUGACCCAGAGGUCAGCCCACGGUCCAUGCCCCUCAACAGGCUGGCGAGACGCUGUCACUCUGCUUACCCGUGGGGCCUCAUCUUCCCCACCUGUGAGGGUGGGAUGGGGGAGAGGAAUUUCCAGACCCCCCAAAGCCCAAGCCCUCCCUGCCCACCUAGGUCUGCUUCCAACAAUGCUGUCCCCCGGACAGGCAGGAGGCGGUGCCCCGGCACCUCUGGUGUGGGUGGGGGGACCGCAGGUUGGCCUGGUGGCUCCUCCACUUCAGGUGAAGGUGGGUGGGGUGGUUCCUUCUUAUUCCCGUCCCACACCCUGACGUCAGAAGGGGCCUGUGAGGCAGGGCGGGGUGGGGUCACGGAAGCGUAGACUCCCCGUGUCCAGAGCAGCUCAGGAGGCGGGACUCACGGCCCGGGUACCUGGCUGGGCUCCUUCGGGGUGUGCGUUGUAGGCGUGUGGGAGCAGAGCAGACUCUGGAUUCCUCCAGGAGUCACAGAGGGUCCUUCAGAUCGUACUCAAGUGUGGGGAGCGCAGCCACACUUGCCGGCUCAGCCGGGAGGAGCGGGUGUCAGCAGGAUACCUGUCCACCUGCACCCGCUGUUCCCUGAAGACCCCGGGAGCAAGACCCCGACUUACCCCCACGACAGCCACCGGUGUCCGCGGGCCAGUGUUUCUUCAUCUGACAGCCACGGUCCCUGUUGCAGAACCGUCCUUAGUCUCAGUCCGAUGUCUGUUGGAUGGGAGUUGUCUUCAGAAGCAGACUCCAUUUGGUACCACAUUCUAAUACAGCACGUAGUAGGCAUCACUGAUGAAGAGAUGUUUAUGGGAGGUGAGGACUUGCAUUGUGAAAAUUCUACAUGUUAAUUAUUGUCGUUAUUUUACACAUUAGGGAGAGACCCUUGUGAUUUGAUUUCGGCUGCAGGACACGUUGGUCCAGCUGUUAGUCAGCAGUAGAAAAGGCUUGAAAGUCUCUAACCCCGUUCAAUCCACUUGUUAAAACUAACGCUGAGGAGAAGGUGUGACUCACCCAAGCGCACGUAACUAGUUUGAAGCAGCCCCAGGACUGGACCGAGGCUUUGGACUUGGGGUCCAGUGCUGUAUCCACUACAUCACGCUUGAGCUCAGACCCCGUGUCCCAUUCCCCUGGUGGCUAACCUCAUUCCUUGGGGCAAGCCCUGGCUUUCAGAGCAAGUCCAGAUGCCAGAUUCCUGCCUCGCUUCCCUGGGUUGUCACCCCACUGACCAAUCAGGAGGAGGAGAAGGGCCAUCUCAGCCUGUGUCUCAAUGUGAGUCACACCCCUGCCCACGGUGGCCCUGGCCGGGUGGGGUCUCGGCCGCAGCUCAGUGUAAUGCUGUUGCCUUACCAAUAAAGUGCAUUUGUCUUUGUACCUUCUCCACCCUCCCGGCGCUCCCCUGGCCCUGCCUUCGCCAGGGAACACGACAGGGCACACUGAGAGCACCAGUUCCUCAGCCAUGGGGCCCGUGACAGCCCAGUCCAGCCCCAAAGGGAAGUCUAGCAGCUGGGAGGAAGAGAAAAAGUGAGGUUUCCUGGGGCUGAGUGGGGAAAAAGUGUUAUCAUCUCUUCCAUUUUAGAGUGAGAGAAUGUGAAGGUAGACAUUCAUAAAUCUCAACCUUUUAAAGCAUAUUAUUGGAAAGCCAGGAAAGUGUGCACCAAAAUACCAAAUAAACAAGAUCCAGGAGAUAGGAAAACCCUUCUCUGACGGACUGGAAGCAGUAGGAGAAUCCAAAGGAGGCCAACAGGGAAGCUUGGAAGGUACAAUAGAUCUGGUUAAAUCUGGAAAUAUAGCAGCAAAAAAGGCUCUGAAGAGUGCCUCCUGAGUGAUUUCCAAAGAGAAAAAAAUUUAGCCAGAAAUUUGUCAAAUAAGCCCGUGAAGAAAGCUUUGCUUCUGAUAACAAAGGGGGUGCACCCUUACACGGCGCUUACUUGGCGGCAAGUACCGCUGUAAAUAAACGCUUUAUGCAAACCAGCUUGCUUUAUCCUUAUAAGGACCCCAGGGGAGGUGGACGACUAUUACCCUCAUUUUGCAGAGGAGAUAACUUGCCCAAAGCCAUACUGGUGGUAAGUGAGAGAUGGGGUUUGGACCCUUGGCAGUGGGCUCCAGAAGCCAUUAAUUACCUGCUACACUACACUGCUUCCCAUUGAGCUGAGGGGGCUGACACAUGACAGCUAGUCAUGCCAGCUCUCUAUUAAAGGGGAUGGAAGGGAGAUUCCCAUUCCGAAAGGAGGCCUUGGGAUAGAGAACUUGGAGGUGCUGGGUCUAGCAAGGCUCUACUCUUGGGAAGCAUUCAGUCACAUGUGUUGGGUCCAUUUCUGUGUGGCCCUUACCCGAGAACCUCAAGAAUGGAAACCAGACAACUGUUGACAAAAAUGUGUCUUGUAUUUGAAAUGCAGCCAGUGACUUGGCAAACUUCAAAUGACUCCUGUAAAUAUACAGUACUUGGGCUUCCCUGGUGGCGCAGUGGUUGAGAAUCUGCCUGCCAAUGCAAUGGACACGGGUUCAACCCCUGGUCUGGGAAGAUCCCACAUGCCGCCGAGCCACUAAGCCUGUGUGCCACAACUGCUGAGCCUGUGCUCUAGCCUGCGAGCCACAACUAUUGAGCCCAUGUGCCACAACUACUGAAGCCCCCUUGCCUAGAGCCCGUGCUUUGCAACAAGAGAAGCCACCACAAUGAGAUGCCCGUGCACCACAGUGAAGAGUGGUCUCCACUCACCACAACUAGAGAAAGCCCACGCGCAGCAACAAAAGACCCAACGCAGCCAAUAAAUAUAUAAAUUUAUUUUUAAAAAAAAGAAUAUACAGGACUCUCAAAGGGUCCCAAGGAGCCGAUGCACCGCCUCCAUUUCCAAAAAAGUGGGGCUUAUGAUAAAGGGCAGCUUCGCUAAACACACAAGCAGAAAUAACUAACCACAGACACAACGUGGUCAUCUGCAGGGAAAAUCAUGCAAGGAAAACGUAACCAAUGUAUUUAUUUACGAUACGUUGGCCUAGGAACCUGUGGAUGUGCUUUAAUUUUUCA